AUGACCAUCCGUGAUGAUAUCAGCGACCCAGAUUGGCAGCCUUUGGCAAACAAUGUCAGAACAAAACCACCAGAAAAUACCGUCUUCGUCGUCAUCGAUGUCAGGGAUAAGCAAGGUGCGAUUUUUGUGCACGAAUCGGGGACCGAUGACAUCAUCAAAAGGGUGCCUAGAUGCCUUGUUGAUUUGAACCUCAUGGUUAACUUGAGAUCGGGUGGAACGCCUGAUCUGACGAAGGAAUACACACUGCAUGAAAGGAAUCCAGAAACGCCAGAGGUACACCAAGGCGACAACCAAAAACCUGUUGCCCUUGGGGCAUUCAAGAUAGACACAAUGGAUGAAUCAAACAACUCAAAUAUCGAAUAUGAAGACUUAGUUGAGGACACCAAGAUGUCAGAUAAUAAUCUACGAAAAGCCUCCACCGCGGAGCCAGCAAAUGUAGAAGAACAGCUAGAGCCUCUAGUUGAGAUAGUCUCCAUUGUCAACAACCUCUAG